UCUCUUAGACGGUGGGCAAACAUCCCUGGUAGCUCGUCCCACAUAAACACACACUUGUACACAGAAACACACACCCACACAGGUAAGGAGGGUUUCACUGGGAGUGUAGGACAAAACUGUGCCUGUUUGAUACCUGCUCACCAAACAGGAGUUCCUCACCAACAAUGGCUUUCCUGUCCUGCCUCGUGUUGGUGCUGUUGUGUUGCCCUGGAACAUUGGAGGCCACUUUAAUCGGCGAAUCAGACUAUGGGGGCGUCCCUCUGUGGAUUAACCGCCUGCUGGGUGAGCCGAGCGUGCUGAGUCUGCAGGGGCGGAUGGACCGGGGCUGGUUCCAAGCUAGCAACCCCCAGGCUUGUCCGGAGCAGUGUGACUGCCCCAUCCAGUGGCCCACAUCUCUGUACUGUGACCACAGAGGUCUCAAACAGGUUCCUGAAAUCCUGCCAGAGACCACUCAGUACCUCUUUUUACAGGGUAACAACAUCUCCUCCCUGUCCUCCUCUGUCCUGGCCAACCUCACUGGGCUGCGCUGGCUCAUCCUGGACAACAACCAGCUGGAAAGCGAGGAGCUGGAGGAGACUUUUUUACACAACCAGACCCAUUUGCACAAUCUCUUUGCCAAUCACAAUCACUUGAGCUCAGUACCUAGUUCGCUACCAGCUGGACUCAAGCAGCUGAGACUUGCUCACAACCGCAUCAGCAGCAUCCGUCCAGGAACUUUCCAGAACCUGAAGAACUUAACGCUGCUGCUGCUGCAGGGGAACAGGCUGCAGAUCAUCGCAGAGGGAGACCUCAAAGGCCUCAUCCAUCUAAACCUGCUGGAUCUGAGUGGAAAUUUGUUUUCAACUGUCCCCCGGCACUUGCCUCCAUCUGUCCAGCAGCUCUACCUGUCAAACAACUCUUUCUCUGAUCUGGGGGAGGACAGCUUUGCGGACUUUGACAACCUUAAAUAUCUUCGUCUCAGUCGCUGUGGCCUGGAAAGCCGUGGUGUUCCCCCCCAGGUCUUUAACUCCUCCAGUCUGGUGGAGCUGGACCUCUCUUACAACAAACUGACCAGGAUACCCAGUGUCCCCAGCACCCUGCAGCACCUCUACCUGGAGGCUAAUCAAAUUCAAGAGUUCAAUCUGACAAGUUUCUGCAGAGAGACGGGACCUCUGUCGUACUCCAGGUUGAAGUUCCUCAGACUGGACGGGAAUAAACUGACUUACAACCAGCUGCCCCAAGACUGGGUCUACUGCCUGCGUGUGAUUCAGAGCAUUUACAUAUGACUCCAGUGUACCACUAAAUGUUCAUCUGGUGCAAGAAAGAGGUGUUUUGUUACUCUGCUCUGCAGCUCUACUUUAGAAUAAAGGUUGAAACUACAAAUGA